UCUGUGCUUCGUGAUGACACCAUUCGGUUGGCUUUGCUGUGGGAUCUUUUACAGGGUUUAUCGUAUAUCCAUUCCUCCACACUGCAGUUCCAUGGAGACCUUUCUCCUGAAGCAUGCUUUAUCAACCACCGCUAUAACUUAAGAAUCGCUAAACUGGGGUGUUUCCAGUUACUGGAGUGUUUGGGAAAAUCCCCGGUAGUACUGCAGUUUGUUACGCUUUACGACAAGGUAAUCUAUUUUCGGGCUGAGGAUGCACGGAACUUUGGAGUCAUUAGCCAGAUGCUCAACGGAAAUAAAAAAAUGGAAAUAACGAAUGCGGAAGGCGCAGGAAAAUCGGUAAUACAACAGAAAUGGAGUCAAUUGACGGAGCAGUGCCUCCAGACUGAUCCAGCUCUGCGUCCCAGAAUUUGGCAGCUGAAGAAGCUCUUCGGUCAACUGCGCUUACCGCGAAACAUUGUGGAUUACGUUAUCCGGCUGAUGGACGAGCAAAGUCAGCAGCUAGAGUUCAUCGUCAUAGAGAAGACGAGGAGCUUGGUGGAAGAACGGGAUAAUGUCGAUGUGCUUUUGGCAGAAAUGCUGCCAAAGUCCAUCGUCCACAAAUUGCGCAUGAAACAAGAAACCCUGCCGGAGACGUUCGACAGCGCAUCCGUACUGUUUAGUGAUAUCCCCGGAUUUUCUCAUUUAUUGUCCACGUAUUCACCGUGGGAUAUUGUAUCGCUGCUGAACAGCGUGUAUUCGGAAUUCGACAGGAUAUUCGGGUUGUACGAUACGUAUAAAGUGGAAACCAUCAAUGAUUCGUACAUGGUGGCAAGCGGAGUGCCCACACCAAACGGGACGGACCACGCAGCUGAACUGUGCAUGCUGUCGUUACAAUUGUUAACGUCUGCGAGAAGCUGCCUGGCUGCCGAAGAGCUAAGCGCUCGAGUCGGCAUUAAUUCUGGGCCGGUUGUCGCUGGAGUAAUCGGCCGGAAAAUGCCUCGAUACUGCCUGUUUGGUGACACCGUCAACACAGCUAGUCGCAUGGAAACCCAUGGGGAAGCUGGGAAGGUCCAUGUGAGCCAUUCCGCCGAGCGCCUGGCUUCCCACCGGAAAAACCUUCGCUUUGUGUUACGUGGCACUCUGACCAUAAAGGGCAAAGGCGAAAUGCAGACGUUCUGGUUGGAGUGAUCGGAUAAUUUACAGUGACGAACAUGUUUAGAAUGCAGCUGAAAUUUUGCACGAGUGCUGCC